UUGCAGCUCAACAGGGUGAGACGUCCUCUCGUGCCGCUGGCGCCGCGGGUCCGUGGCAUCCGCGGGGACCCCGCCCCCGCCCCCCGCGCGCGCGGCCCGAGCCACCCGGUGGGGUUUCUGCGCGCUGACGUGGGCGGAUCAAAGCAGCUGCCGGCUCCUUAUAAAGCAGUUCGGGCUGCCCGCGCCCGGAGAUCGUGCCGGGUGAGGAGCAGAACUCGCGCGAGUCAGCGAGCGCCCUCCAGUCCCCGAGGGACCCCAGCCGGCCGCGGCUCGCCAGGAUCCCGGGCGUCCUUUCCAGGCAGCUCUCGAAGAGGACGCCCUCGCCGCCUGCCCAGCCGGGAGAGCGCUCGGGUCCUCCAGGGGCCGCGCUCGCAGCUCCCCGGCCCGCCCGGCCAGGCGAGCGCCCCAGGAGGCGGCCUGCGCGCAGGACGAGCGACGGCGGCCGGCAGCGCGGCUGGACUUCGGCGCGGCUUCCCCAGGGUGAGACCCCCCUGCGCGCCCGCCGCGCGAGGAUGAGGGCGCGGCCGCAGGUCUGCCAGGCGCUGCUCUUCGCCCUGGCGCUCCAGACCGGCGUGUGCUAUGGCAUCAAGUGGCUGGCCCUGUCCAAGACCCCGGCGGCCCUGGCGCUGAACCAGACGCAGCACUGCAAGCAGCUGGAGGGCCUGGUGUCCGCGCAGGUACAGCUGUGCCGCAGCAACCUGGAGCUCAUGCACACCAUCGUGCACGCCGCCCGCGAGGUCAUGAAGGCCUGCCGCCGGGCCUUCGCCGACAUGCGCUGGAACUGCUCCUCCAUCGAGCUCGCCCCCAACUAUCUGCUCGACCUGGAGAGAGGGACCCGGGAGUCAGCCUUCGUGUAUGCGCUGUCGGCGGCCGCCAUCAGCCACGCCAUCGCCCGGGCCUGCACCUCCGGCGACCUGCCCGGCUGCUCCUGCGGCCCCGUCCCAGGUGAGCCACCCGGGCCCGGGAACCGCUGGGGAGGAUGUGCGGACAACCUCAGCUACGGGCUCCUCAUGGGGGCCAAGUUUUCCGAUGCUCCUAUGAAGGUGAAAAAAACAGGAUCCCAAGCCAAUAAACUGAUGCGUCUACACAACAGUGAAGUGGGGAGACAGGCUCUGCGCGCCUCUCUGGAAAUGAAGUGUAAGUGCCAUGGGGUAUCCGGCUCCUGCUCCAUCCGCACCUGCUGGAAGGGGCUGCAGGAGCUUCGGGACGUGGCCGCCGACCUCAAGACCCGCUACCUGUCGGCCACCAAGGUGGUGCACCGACCCAUGGGUACCCGCAAGCACUUGGUGCCCAAGGACCUGGACAUCCGACCUGUGAAGGACUCGGAGCUCAUCUAUCUGCAGAGCUCCCCUGACUUCUGCAUGAAGAAUGAGAAGGUGGGCUCACACGGCACGCAGGACAGGCAGUGCAACAAGACAUCGCAUGGCAGCGACAGCUGUGACCUCAUGUGCUGUGGGCGCGGCUACAACCCUUACACAGACCGCGUGGUCGAGCGCUGCCACUGCAAGUACCACUGGUGCUGCUACGUCACCUGCCGCAGGUGCGAGCGCACCGUGGAGCGCUACGUCUGCAAGUGAGGCCGCGCGGCCCUCGGGGACCCCCGGAGCCCAGCCGGGGGGCCGGACACACCCCGUGGAUUUUGGCUUCUGAAUUCCAGAUGCCGAUCGUGGAAGGAGGCUUGUGCUUUGCCUCCACUUGGAAGCCGCCAGGAACAGAAGGCUGGGCCAUCAGGGAAGGAAAGCCAGGACAUCAAAGGAGACCGACAAGAUUAAAAAUAACCUGGCAGCCCGAGGCCCCGGAGUGCCCACUUGCUGCCUUCCAGGCGGGUCUAAGGAGCCAGGGGCGUGGGUUUGGCAAGACUGGUACGGACUCGAUCUUUCGUAGCCAGAGACACCAGCUUCCUGGGAAGUGGGAGGUCAGUCUGUCCUCAACAGAAUGUUCUGUAGGCGAAGCCCUCGAGACCCCCGGCCCACCCCAGGGUCUGAGCCUACUGGGCCCACCACAUGGAACCACUAGCUUGGGUUGUAAAUGUUUUGUUUUGUUUUGUUUUUCUUCCUCUGGUAUGUGGGAGCUACAGAAAUAUUUAUAAAACAUAGCUUUUUCUUUGGGGUGGCUGGCUUCAAUUCCUCUUUAUAUAUUUUAUAUAUAUAAAUAUAUAUAUAUGAUGAUCUAUAUUUUAAACAAGCUCUUUAAACAGCUGUUUGAAAUAAAUGCUGAGAAGCCCAGCCCUCCCCUGCA